GAGUUCUGAGAAGCUGGUGGUAGCCCUCUUUUGGGCAUUCUUUAAGAUCAAGAGAAAGAUUCAAUAAUAAAAGAUCAAGGAGUUCGAUUUCCUCAAAUUGAAUUUUGUCUAACUAUGAAUCGAGUUGCCAUAGGUACUUAUGUGAGUUAUCAUUGGCUUGCGCCAGAGAUAAGAGCACAAGUUGAAGCAAUAACUAUCAAUUGGGAUGCAGAACUUGACAAUGAUGAACUUGAACGAAUUCAAGCAGUCAUUGAAAGGAUCGAAUUAAGGAAGGCUCAAAUAGAACGAUCAAAUAUCAAUUAUAUAUUGGAGCCACAAUCAGGGUUUCAAGCUCCAGAAGAUGAGACAUGUUUGAAUAAAAAUUUGGAGGUCCAAUCAAGUCAUUUGCUCAACUUAGUUGCUGAAGAGAUGCAAGGUGAGUUACUUAGUGCAACAAUGAAAAAUCAAGAAGAAGAGGUAAACACUUUACUCUUGGAGAUUAAAGGACAACUUGAAGAAGUGGAAAAUAUGCCUGCAGAAACUAAACAAGAGGAUGUCCCUAAUGAGGAAGAGGAAAAAGCUCAGGUGUCAUUUGAAGUGUUCAAUGGGGAGUCUCCUUUAACCAAAUCUGAUUUUAAUGAUUAUUUUGUUAUUGAUAUGGUUGAUGAGAUUUUGUAAAAAAACACUUAUGAGGAUCCAUUUCAGAUUUAACUUAUUCAAGCAAAAGACUCAAUCAAAGAAUACAUAAAUUGCUUGAAC